ACGUUAAAUGAAAAUUAUACUUACUUACACCGUUUCGUAAUUAAUCAAAAUAGAUCAAGUUUAAUUAAGAAACUUUGAAUUAGGGAAUAAAAAGCUUUCGUUCAUUAGAGCACGAGAGGAGUAGGAUUGAAAUAAUAAUUCUGAAGCGUCUGUUUUUACGUGAGUUUGCCGAUUUCGCUCGGAAUUUAAAUUUUAUAGGAAUGCAGUUUUCCGAAUGCUACUUUAGAAAACUUUAGGAGAACGCACACUUUUUGUCACCUGAUAAUCAAGGAAUAUUUUGUUACGAACUGCUGUCGCAUCUAUUUGACUUCGAUAUCGCGGGGCACAUACAAUUACCUGCGCUGACAUACAAUUAUUUCCACAGGUGUGACAAACUAUCUUGCACGUUGCGACGUAAUAUAUCAUUUAUCGUUAGGCACUUAAGUGCAAGUGCAUCCAACGUGGUUACGUAGUAUUUAAGGAAUCCGCCCAAGUGGCGCAUAAACAUGUACACAUAAGGCACGUUAGACCGUAUUUCAUUCCUCUCGUUCUCCUAUUUAAUAUCACCCGACACCAGCAUCAGCAAUCGACCCGGACGUCAAGAGAGAAAGCGGAAGAGAAAAGAUAGAGGGAGAGAGAAUUCAAAUUUCCACGAGGCGCAAAAGACUCAUUCUCCGUAAUCGGUAUUCCUCAGCUACGUUGCGAGAUAUGAAGCAUCAGCCGCGGCGCAUAACCGCGGGACCAAGAAAAAUAACGCGUCUCUCUAAAUCAAGACUCGUCAAAUAAUCUCGCGGCGCCUGUACUUUCUUCUGACGUUUGCCCACGUUUGUUGCGACGUGCGGCAAUUCCGCCGCAAUUUGGCUCGCACAAAUCGCCGACGGCAAUGCGGGUACCGACUUUCGUCGUCAUCGCCGUCUGUUCAACGACAUUACGAUGAUGAUGAUGAUGAUGAUGAUGACAAUGAUGACGAUGAUAAAAGGAGGACGCACAAAGUCAGUGGCGCAUGUUGUAUGUGACAAUAAAACCGCGUAGUUGUUGUGCAUAGUCAUACUGUUAAAUUGUACAUAAUACUAUACGUGGGAACAUCGCCACGCGUGUUAAAGAAGACCGGCGAAAAUGCUCUGCUUGGAUAUCAAACUCGUUUCGCGGCUGCGGGGUGUCUCCUCCGGGGCUGCCUCGUCGACCGCGUCGUCGACGCACCCGGCGACAGCAUCGUCAUCCUCGACGGGCGCGAGCACCGCGGAGAAGGGCAAGUCCCGCAGAGUGAAACGCGAGAGCGGCGAGGUCGCCAGCUCGGCCACGGCCAGCGACAGCGAGGAGGAAUCGCUGCGGCCUAGUUCAGCGAGCGUCCAGGAGAUGAUACGUAGGAGCAGAUCGAGAUCGGUGUGCGUGGCGGCGAUCCUGCCAUCCUCGCAGCUCAGGCAGCUCCACCGACGCGCCAGUCAUGUAUCUACCACGGACGCGAUAGCGAGGCGAGGUGUCUUGUCGAGACGAUGUUACGGCAGCGUCGAAAUGCUGCCGCAGAUCGAGCAGGACGGUGCUGAGAAUGGCAGAAGAUUUCGAGUGGAGAACGGAGAUUCUCCCGGUGAAAAAGAAGAGAUGUUUGGUUCGCCGAGUACGCCGAUAUUAGAAAAUCCGGAAUACCAAACGCGUUGGUACUUCAAGUAUUUCUUGGGCAAACUGCAUCAAAAUUAUAUCGCCUCUGAUCAGGAGAGAAAUCCUCUCUUCCUCUCGGUAGUCACGAGCGAAAUCGGUGAUCAAUGCGUGCCACAUUACAGAGUUAUUCUAUGGAGGCGAACUGGCGCGCAGAAAAUAUCAUUGCCGUAUUCGGCGAACAAAACAAUGACCAUCAGACAAAUUCUCAGCAACUUCUUCAGCUUGGAGAAACUCGACAAGGCGCCACGGGAAGUUUUCACCCCCGAGCUGCAAAAGGAUCUGUUACUGCUGGAGGAACAGGAAGGCUCCGUGAACUUCAAGUUUGGCGUAAUCUACGCGAAGGAGGGUCAGACUACCGACGACGAGAUGUUGUCUAACGAAAGCGGUAGCCCGGGCUUCGAGAGCUUCCUGGAGAUCCUGGGUGAGAGAAUACGGCUCAAAGGUUGGGACAAAUAUAGAGGCGGCUUGGAUGUGAAAGGAGAUAUGACGGGCAAGGAAAGUUAUUACACAGUUUAUGCAGGUCACGAAGUUAUGUAUCACGUUAGUACAAUGCUACCGUACUCGAAAGACAAUCCGCAGCAGCUGGAAAGGAAAAGACACAUCGGCAACGAUAUCGUUAACAUUAUUUACACGGAUGAUCCAUCGGCCGUGGAUACUUUCAAUCCGAACUGCAUAAGAAGUCAGUUUACCCACGUGUUCGCUGUGGUAACUACUGAGGCAGGCGGCAAGGGUUGGCGGGUCGCUAUUUAUUGCGACGAGAACGUACCCCUAUUCGGACCGAGCCUUCCCUGCCCACCGGUUUUCGAGGAUCCGUAUAAUCUCCGAGAAUUUCUCCUUGUUAAGUUGAUCAAUGGUGAGAAAGCUACAUUUGACACCCCGACAUUCUCCAGGAAGAGGGAGAGAACGCUCGACGCCCUGUUGCGAGACAUGUACCAGGAGCACUCGCAGGACAGUAAGAGCAACAGCAUGCUAAAUCGCCGAGCCCUCUCGGACGUCGUGGAGGCACCGGGUCGACGGCGGGAAGAGACGCGCGCCGUCGAGAUGGUGCGUGUCGGACAGGCCUUGAAACUAGAGGCUAUCAUGCGUGGCCUGGCGCCCACCUCCCUCGCCACCGUCGGCCCUCUGAAGCCCAGGCCAUGGGAACCGAGAUGCAUCUAUCCCGACUUUCCCCAGGAAGUGGUCUGCGGCGACGUCUGGUUGGAGAACAGGCUGAUCCUCGCCUCGGAGAACGGGACGUUUCUUAUCGAAGACGGGGUUUCGCACAGAUUACUCUUCGACGAGUCGGUGCAGGUCAAGCAGCUGGACGUGGUCGAGCAGCACGGUAUACUCCUGUUUCGCGCCGGCGUCAAAGGCAAGGAGAGCAGCGUCUACGUCUUUCGGCUGCGGGAGUUCGAAAGCGACGCGUCCGCGAGAUGCGCCGAUCUGUUGAACGAUCGCGAGAACAACGGGGAGCAGGAGGAGGACGAUGACGAGGAAGUCGAGGACGAGGAUGACGAUUGCGACGAGGACGACGCCGAGGAAUGCGACAACUUUACACGCGCCACCGCCAAGUUUCAGCCGGUGGCGCGUUCGCGAACGCGGAUGCGUGUUCGCGCCCCAGCCGUUCGGAGCCGGGCGCAUAUCAAGGAGAGGAGGCUGAAGCGUACGCGCGGAUGUCACCUGUACAGCAUCACCAGACCUGGUGGCUCGCAUUUACGCAUGUGCGUAGCCGUCGGCCGCCGACUCACGGUUCUUCAGUGGAAGCAUAACGCAGCCUGGACCAUCUGGUGCUCGUCAGCCGACACUGACACCAUCGACGGUUUUUUAUUGCUGAAGGAGUUCACGGCGAGCGAGACACCCUCGUUAGUAACGAUGAUUGAAAGCGUCGAUCCGGUGAACGAGUGGACGCUGUGCUGCGGCGCCCGUCAUCAUUUCGAAUUGAUCUCCGCUUCCGGUACGUCGAGGAUAAUCCAUAUGGAAGCGACGCCUAAGCCACACUUGGUCGCGGCGUUGGAUCUCCGCGAGGACGAGGAGCCAGAACUGUUACUCUGUUACAACAAUACGUGUCACUUUCAAAAGCUGGCGGAAGAGAACACUGCGCCAACCGAAUUCGAUUUCAAUUGGAAUUCGAUGCCGACAGCCGUAGCCUGUGCCUUCCCAUACGUGAUCGCCUUUACUAACGACACGAUGGAGAUUCGAUUGAUAAUAAACGGCAACCUGGUUCACACGAUCGCGAUGCCCAAUCUCAACUUGAUCACCUCGAAGCGGGACAUCUUCUUCGCGACGACGGCACCGGAAUUUUUCCCAGGGAAAUGCGAGCGCAUCCGAUUGGACUCGAAGCCAUUCGAGAGGGAAGAAAUGCCCUGCAGCCCACCGCCGGUCGCACAGUCCUCGUCCUCCUCCCGCUCCUCGAGCUUCCAAAACAGCCAAGGCGACUGGAAGCCGAUAAGGAUCUACCGAAUACCGCUGCAGACGUUGUCGAGAACCAUGACGUCCAAUUGCAAUCAGAGAAGGUGCCCGAGCCCGACGGAGCCGGAAAUCGUUUCCGCGCCGCCGACCUCCGACAGGACCUUCCUGAACGUCGAGCCCCAACAGCGUUCGAGCAGGUCCUGCAGCAGCAGUCCCACACCCACACCGACUACGAAUUUGCCGUCGCCGUGUAAAAAAUAGACGUCGUAACUUGUAGACGCUCUUGACGCUCUCGCCGAUCAAUUACAUCAAUUGUAAUCUCAACAGGAUCGAGCACGUAAAGAAGAAAAAGAAGAAGAAAAGAGGAAGAGAGAGAGAGAGAGAGAGAGAGAGAGGGAGAGGAAAAAAGAAACUGACCGCAUGUACCUGAUUUCUCGUACAAGAGAACACAAAUGGAAAUCUUUGUCAUUGUUAUUGCUAUUAGCGUGCAUCGCGCUGCAUGUAUAUUUUGAAUGUAAGUGCGAGAUUGCACGUACAAGUUAUUGUUUGAAUAGAUAGAUAGAGAUAUUGACGAGGACACAUUGGUGUCUUAAUUACGGAGGGGCCUGUGGCACAUAGUCAUCUUCGCUGAUUUCUCUUCGCUUCUUAUGUCUUUGUCUCGAUAUUUUACUAAACAAAAGGAAUAAUGCCUAUUUCGAGCCGACGGAAGGUUCUUCGUAUGUAACAAUAAUUAUAUUCUAGAUCAAAUUACAUAAACCAUUACGAGUAAUAUUCUAGAGGAAAUUACAUAAACGAUAUUUUACUGUUGUUAUUUUAACCCUCUGUGCUUGCGGCACACGUGGCAUUUUCAAUCAUUUCGUCCUAAUUUUAUGCAAUAUACACACACCCCCAAAAAAACGUUGUGUGCGUCAGAUUUCAAAUUUUUUUAAAAACAAUUGCAGAUAACAAAUUGCGCUCUUUUGGUGAGCCUCCUAUUUUCCCUAAAUUUUUUUGUUAAUAAUUUUAUUUCCAAUAUAAUGCAAUACGAAACGAGUUUCGAGUUUGCGAGAGUAGGUUACCGUUCCUUUUUAUUAAGUUAAUCGAUUUUAUUCCGCGUCGUCCGUAAUUAAGGACUUGAUGGCGUCAUGACGUGAUAACGACGAUACUUUAGACACUAUUUUCGCUUCUGGAUUCUUUUCUAAGUGACGUGUACCGUAGUCUCACAUUGUUUGUUAACCGAUCUUAAACAAUAGGAUUCAGGCUAACGAUCGUAACCCGAUCGACGGCCGAAAAUAUUUUUAACGGCUCAACGUGGAUCAAACUUAACAACACGCACUUAAUACAUACGGGAAAAAAAGGACAUUUUUCGGAUGCGCAUUAGCUCGAUGAAUCACGCGUUUGUUCGCAAAGACUGGCGAACAGGCACGCGGAGAAUGUCCGGAGAUGAUCGUGCACGGUUGAUGAUUAAUACCAUCGGGCUAGAACGCCGCAUCCGAACUUAUUUUUAUUCAAUGAAAGGUGUAACAUUGUUCCGACAUGAGUGUCGAUGUUUACGCGUCAUGUGUAUAUAAUGCAAAACAAGUAAUAAAGUAUAUGUUACCGUUGCAUUUCCAGCGAAAGCGACAGAGCAGUAUUUUUUCAAUACUCUUCUCGCGCCUUUUCUCUCCACUUCUGAUCGUUGUUUCCGAUCUAUCCUUAGUAACACCAAUAUAUUGGCUAAUAUUGGCUAAAUACAAUUGGUUAUAACGAGGAUGCAUUGAUCAAUGUUUUCAUAAUGUAACGUCAAUAACUGAUCAAAAUAUUGAGUUCCAAAUUAGGAUAACAAAUUAGGAUACAAUUAAUGUCCAAGAUAAAAAAAUUGAAUAAAUAUAUUGUUAUCUGACA